AUGAUUAAAAUCUUUUUUUUAUAUGUAUUGUUCAUUUUUAGUCAUUCAUUUGUAAACUCACAAUCAACUAUUGGUUUAGAUGGUGUAAUGUUAAGAUCACUUGAUGGUGAUGAUGUAUCUAGAAUUUUCAUUCUAGAUACAUCAGAUUCUCCACCAUCUUUUGAUUUUAGAGGUUUUUCAAAUCAAGGAACAAUUUUAAAUAAUAGUAAUAUAUUUGAAAAGGAUGCUGUAGCCUAUAAACUUAGCAGUACUUUGGGUUUAGCAUCAAUUCCACUUACUUUUUAUUUCCAAUAUUUUAAUAACUCUGAUUAUCAAUUAAUCUAUGAUGACAUUAAUCAGUUUAUACCAAAUUGUAUAACAUCAAUUUUCAUGCCAACUUUUAUAAUAGAGUAUGAAGAAAUCAAUGACCAAGAUGGGUUUCAAUAUGGAAGUGAUCAAUUUUUAGGAUAUGUUGAUCUAGCUCAAUUACAAUAUAAAUUUGAUUAUAAAUAUAUAAAUUACAAAACUCCUUCAUUCUUUGAAGAUGCUAUGGUAUUUCAAUUAAAUGUAACUAGUAUUGGUGAUUAUGAAAAUUUAAUCACUAUUGUACUUUAUUUUUCAAGUUAUCCAGUUUAUUUAGGUGAUGGUAAAAUUAUGUCUUCAGAAUUAUUAAGAUUUGAUAUUUUAAUAAAUGAUUAUUUUAAUAGUGAUAUUAAUAAACAAAGUUCAAGUGAAUGUAUUGUAAAUAGUAAUGGUAAUGGUAAUGAUAGUGAUGGUGGUGAUGAUGAUGGUGAUGAUGGUAGUGGUAGUCCUAUUAAAAUUGGUUGUAUUUCAACAGGUGCUUCAAAUAAUUUAAAUUCAAAAUUGGCUGUAACUUCAUUUUUUGCUGUAUUGGAAUACGAUAUUUCAAUGAAUAAUAAUAAUAAAAUUAAUAUAAAUGGUUUCCCAUUAGCCGCUAGUUUUUCUUGGUUACCAACUGCUAAAGUCAAUGUGGAUAAUGAAAUUAGUGUUGCAAAUAUUUAUACGGAUACUCAUAAUAUUAAUACAAAUGAUGCUAUUAUAUUUGGUUCAAAUUUUGUUCCAGUUGCAAUCACUGGAAAUGUUAAUAGUAAAUUCUUAAUUCAAUCUUUUGAUGUCGAAAGACCAAAUGUAGUUUUAUGGACUUCAUAUUUUGGUAUUCCUUCAAAACAUGAUUUCGAUAAUAGUAGUAAUAAUAUAAAUUCAACUUUUUCAUUUAAUUUAAUAAUAAUAAUAAUGUCAUUAAUUUUAUUUACAUAUUAA